AUAACAGCGAAUUAAAAAAGAGUCAAUCUCAUAAAAUUAGUACAAUAUAACCAAUAUUAAUCAAAUAAUUUAGAAUAAACAUAGCUAAAAAGAAAUAGAUAUUAUGGGCAAAAUAUACAAUUAUUUUACUUUAAUAGUAGUUCUCAUCCUCUUAAAAAAUUCAUACUAGAUUACAAUUAAUCCAUUAACGAUGAAGGAUUCUAUAGAGCUAUUGUAAUUUCCUAUUAAUUCAAUAGAUUUAUCAAGCAUAGAAAGAGAGGGUUAUUUUAUUUAGUAUGAGUUUAGUAGUAAUAAUCCAGGAAGAAUUAAAAUAUUAUUUUAAUAACCUCUAAAUGAAACUAAUUGGUUUGGAAUGGGUUUUAAUUAUCUUAUGCACAAGAGCCACAUGAUAAUAAUAUAAUUUAUAGGAGGAUAUAUCGAUAUAUAUGAAGCAUACUCUUAGGAUUAUUCUUUCCCUUAGCCUAAAGAAAUAACAUCAUUAAACUUAAUAGGAUAUUACGAAGAUUUGCAAUCAAAAUAUAUUUUAGUUGAAGUAGAUUUUUACGAAAAUGAUAAAAACUAUAUCAGUAUUGCAUAUGGCCCUACACAAACUAUGCAAUUUCAUGGCAGAAGAAAAGGUAGAUAUAUCAUACCUCUUGAACCAGGUUUUGCUGUAAAUAAGAACGAUGAAGUCAUAGUAAUAAAUAUUAUAUAUAAAUUGCAUACUACUUGGCUCACUUAUGGAUGGGGAUAUUUAGCUGAUUUCUGCAUCAUUUCAAUUAGAUAUCUAAAAGGAUGGAAAUAUUAUAUAACACUCCACUCCUCAUUAUUUUUUAUAUUAAAUUUGUUUACUGUGAUUAUAGAAUUUCUCCUUAUCUUCUAUAAUUUACCCAGAAUAUAUAAUAUAUCUUAUUUGGACAUUUUUCUCCAUUUCAUUUUAGGAACUCUGUUUCUAGCUAUCGUGAUAGUACAACAUCUAUCAGGCUACUUUUUGAAAAAAGACAUUGAGAAUGAAAAGGUUAAGUUGCUCAUUCCAAGAAUAAAAUAAAUACAUAAAUAUUUAGGAUAUAGUCUUUAUAUUUUAGGUAAAAUUGCUAUUUUUACUGGUAAAUGGGCUUCUACAAUUCUAAAAAACUCAAAUAAAUCUCGCUACUCAUCAAUGAAAGAUUCUCUACAAGACUUUACUUUGAUAUGGAUUUUAUGGAUCAUGAUUGAGAGCCUUUAUAGAAAAGGCUAUAUUUAAAAGAUAAUAUAUCAAAAUUUUACAUAUUUGAUGAAAAAAGCAAGAAUACAAAAAAAUAACUUAUCUUAAUCAGAUAAAAGCUUGUUGAUGUCACUUAUAAAUAAACAAUAUACCAUAUAUGAAAUUGAAUAAUAAUUUCCAAAUCUUAAUUAUUGCAUUAUUGGACAAAAGGUAUAUGACCUUACUGGGUUUAUGCAUCCUGGAGGUAACUAUAUGUUAAAAUUAGUAAAUGGCUAAGAGGUUUAAAGAUAUUUAAAUGGCUAACAACAUAUUGAAGGAAUAUAAAAUUCAGUGGAUAAAAUAAAUAAACCUUAUACUCAUCCAAUAAGCUCAAUAUUAUUUUUAAAAGAAAAAUAUAUUGGAACAAUUGAUUACAAUGAAAGAAACAUAUUCUAGUUUUCUUAGAAUACCUUUGAGAUAGAGAAUGAAAAUAAAAAUUAUGAGUUGAUAAAAUAAUAAAGUGAAGAAAUGGAUGAUAUACAUGAAAAAAUAUAUGCUAAAGAUAAUAAAGAAACAUAAAAUAUUUUCAGUAUAAGUUAAGAAGAGAAAGUUACCCCACUCAUACAUGAUAAUUAUAAUUUCUAAAUAAUCAAAAAAGACAAGUCCUUAAUUUAUUUCCAAAAUAGCAGCUGUACGAUCAGAAAUACUAUGAAAGGGUUAUCUUGGCUAGGUCUACAUUUCUCAAUAUAUAAAAAGCAAAAUAAAAAUUCUAAAAAUAGACUAUACACUACUGUACUUUGCAUGACAGAGUAUAAUUAAAAGAAAAGAAAAUAAAUUUCUCAAUUCUUAAAUAAUAAAAACUUGAAUGUUUAGUUUAAAGUUUAACGCUUUGAUGACAAAUUACCAUUUAUUAUUAAAAAAUAUAACUCAAAAGGAGCUUUUAGUAAAUAUAUUCAUGAAAAUUAAGAUCAUAUUUAUAAAAUAGAAGGACCUCUUGGUGUUGGGUUAGAAAUGUCAGAUUAAUUUAAUGGAAAUAUAGCUAUAAUAGCUAAUGGUACUGGCAUCUUACCUUUUCUAGAUUUACUUAAUUAUUAUUUACAAAAAAAUGCCUAUUUGUAUGCAAAAAAGCUCAAUAAAUAAUAAUAAUUUUUAAAUUUGUUUGAGUAAUCAGAAGAAGAUUUUAGUUAUUUGCUGAACACUAAUAUUUAUUUAUACAGCUCUUUUGAAAACUUAAAUUAUUUUUAUGGACAUGAAAUAGUAUAAGAUAUAUUAAAAUCAGAAGAGCUACUAGGAAUUCAAAAUUUCCAUUUAACUCUAAAAAUCAAAGAUACUCAAUAAUAUCAAAACUUCAAAGGCUAAUACACAGUUUAUGAAAAUUAUUUUGAUAAGAAUUUGAUCAAUCAAAUUUAAUCAACUGUUUUAAAAGAUGUAGAAAGAAUUUAUGUAUCAGGGUCUUAUGAUUUAACUUACGCUAUAUCAGAAGCUCUUAGAUCUACUCCAAAUCUUAGCCAAAAAUUAUUUUAUGUAUGAAUUUGUAAGAAAUUUAAAAAAAUAGAUAUUCUUUUA